UUGGCUUGUGUCCGGCCGGCCAUCCUCCAACGACAGUGCACACCGGCUCACCAUGGCGUCGCCGUCGCCAAGGCAUGGGUGCAUGCUCCGCGCGGAGGUGUUCAUAUGUAUAUUCCUCGCCGUAGCACCGUUCAGCACGCCGAUCGGUGUCAACUACGGCACCAAGGGUGACAACCUUCCAUCGCCGGCCAAGGUUGCUGCAUUCCUCGUGACCCGCACAAACAUUGACCGUGUAAAGCUGUUCGACACCAAUCCGGACGUUGUUCGGGCCUUCGCCGGCACGGGCAUCUCGGUAAUGGUCACCGCAGGCAAUGGCGACAUCCCUGGCCUCGCCACCCAGAACGGCGCCGAUGCAUGGGUCGCUACCAACAUCGCGCCAUACUACCCCGCCACAGAUAUAUCCCUCGUCGCCGUGGGCAACGAGAUCAUGGACACGGCCGACAAGAAUCUCAUCAGCAACCUCGUCUCCGCCAUGCAGACGCUCAAGGCCGCGCUCGUCACGGCUGGCUACGGCAAAAUCCGUGUUUCCACGCCAAGCUCACUCGGCAUCCUGGUUGACUCCCAGCCGCCGUCCGCGGCUCGGUUUCGCGACGUCUGGGACGUUGCCAUCUUCACGCCGAUGCUCCAGUUCCUCCAGAAGACCAAGUCCCCGCUCAUCGUGAACACGUACCCGUACUUUGGGUACAACGGUGACACGCUGCCGUACGCACUGGCGCGGCCGAACCCUGGCGUGCUAGACGCGGGUACGGGCAUCACGUACACGAGCAUGCUCGAGGCACAACUUGACUCGGUGUACUCGGCGAUGAAGAAACUUGGGUUUGAGGACGUGGAGAUCCUCGUGGGGGAGACCGGGUGGCCGACUAAGGCCAUGGACGGGCAGAUCGGCGUGAGCCCGGCUGACGCGGCGGAGUACAACAGAUAUCUCAUCCGCGCGGUUAGCUCCGGGUCAGGCACACCGCUCAUGCCAAAGCGGAGGUUUGAGACGUACAUAUUCGCGCUCUUCAACGAGGACCUCAAGCCCGGGCCCGUCGCCGAGCGCAAUUUCGGGAUGUUCCAGCCGGACUUCACGCCGAUGUAUGACAUUGGCAUCAUGAAAGAUCCGGUCAAAACAGCACCGGCGCCAGCGUCGGUCGUCCCAGCGGCGCAGCCGAAAAUGGCAGCAACGCCUAUGGCCGCCACAGCUCAUGCCUUGGAGGCCUCGGCGCCUACGGAGGCCAACGGCUCGAACAGCGCCAAGGGUUCCGCGCCUGCAUCUCCAGCUUCGUCCAAGGAAUCGACCAAUGGCAGGACGCCGGAGGAAGCGGAAGGAGGCGAUGCUCAGCCAUCGGCGAAGAGCGAGCCGUCGGAGGCAGCAGCCAAGGGUGGUGACGGCGAGGAAGAAAACAGUGGGAAAACCAAACCCAAAGAAGAAAGUGCAACGCCGCCGGCGGCCGAGGCUGCUUCGAAAGCCACAAACUUUCUUUCUCCUAUCCUCUGCAUGCUUGCAGUUGCGCUGUGUCUAACUUUCCAUGUCUAAUCUUCCGUCUCUACACUUUAGCUGGACAUGUAAUAAUUAAACUAAUAACGGUGCUAGACAGAAGCACUUUACGGAAAGACAACAAAAAAAGAUUACCCUCCUACCCCACGUCUUCCGAGCAAGGCUAUCAUAGAAAUGCACUUCUUUUCUAAACGGAGGUGCCAAAAUU